GUGGUUACGCAGCGGUUACGCAGCACAACUAGCCACCCACUCAUUGGGCAUUCGCUGCAUGCGGUGGAGCCUGCAGCCAGCCUCCUGCAUUCUCCAUACCGCUUUGCAUCAGACUGCAGCUAGCAGCUAGCAAGUCCUUUUUCCAGGAGAUAGCCGACUUAACAUUGUCGCGCUCAGUGAGCCUGGAGGGGGUUAGAUGGGAUGGACAGCAAAGGUAGCUCCCUGCCUUCAAUGCCUGAACCAGCCAGCCCGAUCAGCAUGAAGCAGCCACCAGAGUCCCUCAGUGUAAGGAAAGGUGGGGGGGACAUGAGCAGUGACCCUGCUCUACUAAUGGACAAAGCUGCUGCCCAGCUGGCCACCACACUACAAGAUGGCCUUCAGAAGAUGGCUGGCCACAGUCAUAACAACCUCGGCCACGAGAGGCUCAAAGACCUCACCUCCCGUGUGCUGAAUGGGGACCAAGACACGCUGCCUAAGCUUUGUGCUCCGGAGCCACCUAUGCUUAAGGGUGCCGAAGCCCCUGCUACUAAUGGCACCCAUCAGCACAAUUGCGCUCCUCAUACUGAACAUACUGAACAUACUGAACAUGAAUUGAAGGUGACAAUACCCCAGGUGGUGAAGCAGCCACUGUUUGAGCCAUCCUGUGCCAAUGGAACCAGUUUGGCCACAGCCACUGAAGGUACUAUAUCUGGACCAGAGGAGAGACAGGACUUGAAGAAAAGGAGGGGGGGACCUCACAAACCAAACCUCACUUCCUCUGCCAUCCCUGUGGAGCCACUUGACUACACAAAUACAGAUGGAAAUGGAGCAGCUGAUGAGCCUGAUCUCAUCUCUGAGUUGGCGAAGGUGGAUACAGAAGAAUCCCGUCUGCUGAUCGGCUUUUCUGUUGGUGAUUUGGUUUGGACCAAGGUGUCAGGAUACCCCUGGUGGCCUUGCAUGGUGACCACAGACCCAGAAUUCAACAAUCACAUCAAACAGAAACAGAAAGCAGUCACAAGCCGGUAUGGCCUCCUUUACCAUGUACAGUAUUUUGGAGAUGCCCCGGAGAGAGGCUACAUCUUUGAGAAGAACAUGGUGUCCUUCACUGGGGAGGAUCAAUACCAGGAGCUUAGCCAGGGCAACAAACAGCCAGCCUCCCGUGUCAUCCACAAAAAGACGGCUCCCUCUGUGCCCCGUAAACUCCAGGCUCAGUGGAACAUGGGCCUCAUUCAGGCCAAGGAGGCCUUCAGCAUGUCAAUGGAUGAGCGCAUGGUCAACUUCGCUUUUCUGUAUGAUGAUGACGGGCCUCACCUGAAGCCCUGCAUCCUGGAGAAGUUGAAGCCAGAACAGAGCAACGAGAUAGACCGGGAAACGGAGUCGAGACUCAGCCCAGAUCUCCCCUCCCUGCUGGGGGGCCCUGCCGACCUCCCCACAGCCGCCCCUCAGUCCCAAGACUGCACUUCAACUGGGAAAAAGACACGAGCACCCAGAAAAAAACUCAACUCAGGAAUAUGUCGAAGAAGGGGCAAAGGCCAUCUAAACAAUUCCCUGUCCAAAAAGCAAUUGAACGACACAAUUUCUUCCAAAGAAAUGCUUCAUCCACUGCCCGCCUCACAGGAUCCUACCACUUCUGCACCAGAUGUACAAGCUGAAUCAGUCAUACCUGAGAAGAAGAAGAGGAAACCCAGACAGGCUCAGUCUCCCACAAAGACUGUGAGGAGAAGGACAACAUCUGCAGCGGACAACACCUCUGACCCCGUGAAGAAAAGGAAAUCAAAGCCGGUUUCUUCGACGAAUGAUAUUUCAGAAGCAGUUUCAUUUGCUGUUUCAGUUCCAGUCAAGAGGCAGCGGAAGAGGACACCUAAAAGGCCACCAACAGAUGCUCCGACGGAUAAGGUUCUGCAGCCUGAAAAGAGACGUAAAACAAGCAAAGACGUUGAAAAACAGGCCUCGGCUUCAGAAGGAAAGGAGAAAAAGCAGAGAAGAAGGAAGAACACUGAAAAAGAUGUAACAGAAACCAAGAAGAGACGGACAAAGUCAAAAGCUCUCGUCACAGAAGACCAAGACGCAGAGAAACCAAAGCGUAGGAGGAAAAGGAAGCAGGAUGGAGAGACCACGCCCUCCAAGGCAAAGAAGAGGCGGGCCUCCCUGUACCCCGAUCCGGAGGGCUCUGGGAGUGAAGGACGUCCUGAUUCUCCGAGUGACAGCUUAGACGGGACAAAGAAGGGCGAACGCAAGAAAGAGUUUGUCUGCCAGAUGUGCGAGCAGGCGGGCGAGGACCUGGUGCCCUGUGAAGGUCAGUGUUGUGGGAUGUUUCACCUCCACUGUCUGGGUCUGUCACUCAAACCCGACGAGAAGCUGCUGUGUCAGCAGUGCAGCACAGGGAUUCACUCGUGUUUCAACUGUAAGCAGUCGGAUGAGACGCUGCGUCGCUGCCACGUCCCACACUGCGGCAGGUUCUACCACGAGGCGUGCAUCCGCCUCAACCCCCUCACUGUGUUCGACAACAAGGGCUUCCGCUGUCCGCUCCACACCUGCCUCAGCUGCCACUACGGCUGCCGCACCAAGCAGAAGUCCACCAAAGGCCGGUUGAUGCGUUGCCUGCGCUGCCCUGUUGCAUACCACGUCGGUGACCUGUGUGUGGCUGCGGGCAGUGAGAUGAUCACCAACACCGCCAUCAUCUGCACCAACCACUUCAGCGCCAAGAAGGGCUACAGCCACCACAGUCAUGUCAACGUCAGCUGGUGCUUCGUCUGCUCCAAAGGAGGGCAGCUGCUGUGCUGUGAGUCUUGUCCUGCAGCUUUCCAUCCCGACUGCCUGAACAUCGCUAUGCCUGAAGGGAGCUGGUUCUGCAACGACUGCCGGGCAGGAAAGAAACCCAAAUACAGAGACAUCAUCUGGGUCAAGCUGGGAACAUACAGAUGGUGGCCUGCAGAGAUCCACCACCCCAGAAACAUCCCCACUAACAUCCAGCACCUUCGCCACGAGAUCGGAGAGUUCCCGGUCUUCUUCUUCGGCUCCAAGGAUUACUUCUGGACUCACCAGGGCCGAGUGUUUCCAUACAUGGAGGGAGACCGGGGCAGCAAGCACCAGAGGACCGGCAUCGGCAAAGUUUUCAAGAAUGCGCUGCUGGAGGCUGAAGCUCGAUUCAAGGAGAUCAAAAUAAAGCGAGAGGCCAAGGAAGCGCAAGAGAACAGCCGAAAGCCGCCACCAUAUAAAUUUAUCAAGGUCAACAAACCCUACGGGAAGGUUCAGGUCUACACCGCAGACAUCUCUGAGAUCCCCAAGUGUAACUGCAAGCCAACAGUCGAGAGGCCGUGCGGGUUUGAGUCCGAGUGUCUGAACCGCAUGCUGCAGUACGAGUGCCACCCUCAGGUUUGUCCCAGCGGCGAGCGCUGCUGUAACCAGGACUUCACCAAACGUCUCUACCCAGAGACCAAGAUCAUCAAGGCGCCCGGAAAGGGCUGGGGCCUGAUCAAUCUCCGGGACAUCAAGAAGGGCGAGUUUGUGAACGAGUACAUCGGAGAGCUGAUCGACGAGGAGGAGUGCAGGGCGAGGAUCAAGUACGCCCAGGAGAACAACAUCUCUGACUUCUACAUGCUCACCAUCGACAAGGACCGGAUCAUUGACGCUGGUCCGAAGGGAAAUUACUCUCGCUUCAUGAACCACAGCUGUCAGCCCAACUGUGAGACGCAGAAGUGGACGGUGAACGGCGACACGCGAGUCGGCUUGUUCGCCGUCUGUGACAUCGCAGCAGGGACUGAGCUGACCUUUAAUUACAACCUGGACUGUCUCGGGAAUGAGAAGACGGUCUGUCGCUGCGGCGCUCCCAACUGCAGCGGUUUCCUUGGUGAUCGGCCGAAGAACUCAAACGGACAAACGGCCGAGCCAAAAGGGAAGAAGUUGAAGAGAAAGUACAAAAGGAGGAAAACUGAGGGGAAGAAGAAGUCUGAUGACGAUUGUUUCCGCUGCGGGGACGGAGGGCAGCUGGUGCUCUGUGGCAAGAAGACCUGCACCAAAGCUUAUCACCUGUCCUGCCUGAACCUCACCAAGAGACCCUUUGGCCGCUGGGACUGCCCCUGGCACCACUGUGACGUCUGCGGGAAAAACUCUGAGGCUUUCUGCCAGCUCUGCCCCAACUCCUUCUGCAAGGCUCACCAGGAGGGGGCGCUGCGUCCCUGGCCCCCCACAGGACAGCUGUGCUGUCAGGAGCACGAGGAGCUAGAGGGAACGGACAACCAGGAUCAGGACGUCAACUCUGGGACAAAUGCGACCACGACGACCGCUACUGCUGCCGCCAUCAGUCGUCCUGCUAAAGGCUCCAGGAAGGCAGGAGGAGCCCUGGCCAAAACAAAGGGCUCCAAGAGGAAAGCAGCAGAGGCCUGAAAGUGACCUCUGACCCCUGCUUCCCCGUUCACGGACAAAUAUAAACCCCACAUAAUGUCUCCCAAGAUCACAAAAAUCAAGGCACUGUACAUCUUCUUCAUCAGGGAAAGCUCACACGGCCUCGAGUUCGCUGCUCGAACCUUUUCUUAAUUUCAAAUAUUUUCAGGUUUAUUUCUACUUGUCCGCACUGAAGCACAACGCGUCAGCUCGAGCGCAGGUCAGGAAACUUCCACCAACCAAACUGCCUUUUUAAUUUGUUUUGUUUUAUCGUCUUUCUUUUGAUUUUUUUUUUUUUAAAUGUUAGAAUUACAAAAGAAACCGUUGUAAGUAAAACUGAGCAGCAGCGUCACCGUCUGUUAACUUGAAUCUUAGUUACCGCCCGGCACUCGACACGGAUCAUCUUGAACAGCAGAGUUUUAUAUCUAUAUAUGUGUAUAUCAAAGACCAAAAUUAUGAUUACUGGAAUAGUUUAAAACAUCAAACAGGUUGCCAAAUGGAUUGUUUUUAUUUUUAUACAUAGUAUAUAUUCCAGAUGUAAUAUGGAAACACCAGGACACUAUGGAAGGCCUCAGAUGACCUCUACUUCCGUUCUGUAGCCAUAGGUUACAGGUAACUAGACAUUUGUUUGCUAUUUUACAACCUGUUUUGUUUUAGCUCAGUUUUACUGUUUAGCUUCGAAUUAUUUCUCUUUUUUGUUUUGCCGUUACAAACGUUUGUCCUGAGAACGUGGGGGAACGUGAAGUAUUAAACCGAGAGCGCUCUUAACCCUCCGCCUGAUAUAGAAACACUACUGGGAGGUGUCCAAGUCUUUACUGCUCUCUGCUGAAACCAGAUAGAUUAAGGAAUGCGUGUGUUGAGUUGAGUUCUAACCGUUUUAAGGUGCUGUUUGUUUCAUCUGAAAUCUGAGGUGUAAAUGUUUUGUGUAUAAAUAUAAUCGUCAUGCUGAUUUAAAGUUUGAAGACCUCUCGGUGUCACCUGGCCGGGCUUUUUUAUUGAUGAUCCAUUCGUUGAACGGAUCAUCUCUAGCUGAGGUUUUUAAAAAAACAGACCUCGACUUUUUUUUAAUCCUCGGGAGGUUUUUAGUCUCAAACUGCAUCCUGCUUGUUUAAUACGUUAACACUGGCGAACAUCUCGUAACUCCAAGUUUGGUCAAUUGUUCAUAUUUGUUGUUGACAUGAAGCAUCACAAGGACGGUUAAGAAAACUGUACAAGUAUGGUGGCCAUUUAAUUUCAGACUCCAGCUGCACUAUUUAAACCUCAGCUGCACUUUGAUUGGAGUCACUUUAAUAACCAGAUUUAAACUUUGAUAAGUAACAUUUGCAUCAUCCAAUUCAAAAUGACUACCGGCCAAACUCUGAAACAAAUGUUCUUUUAAGGUCGUCACUUUACAAAUGUGUGUCAAAGUUAGUGUAGUGGAUGUACAUCUGUAUCAUUACGAUGCAAGCCUGAUGUCCGUUAGCUGGUAGUAACGUCUAAAAAAUGUCCUAGCAUGGCCACCAUACGCUUUGAAACCAGUUUCUGUUGUUAAGCAGAAAACAUCACAAUUUGGAGACACUAGGUGAUUAUCUUGUCAUUAUGUUUAAGUCUGCGUUAAGCAAACGGUAUUCUUAAGAGUUCAUGUCAUCAGGCUUCGGGUCAGCUGAUGGUUUUUUUCCCGGUAACAUUGAGGCUGCAGACGAUUCUUGUAACGUUUAAUUUCAUAUCUUUAGAAUCUGGAUCGCAAACAAAAGGGUGGACAUUUUAUCCGUUCGUUUUCUUUCUUCCGCUAAACAUCUCCAAAAACUCAGAUUUAAGUUGAACGGAAGCAACAUAAUUAUUUUUUUAUAACUGCACCUUGUUUCUGUUUGUUUAUUUCCACAUUUCCCCGUGCGUGCGUGCGUGCGUGCGUGGGAAAGGGACGUGUCCAGAGGUGCAGCGAGUCUCGUACGAGUAUUUUCGACUUUAUGUAUCCUAACCUUGACUUGUGUUGAGUGAAUGUAGUCCAGCCAGUUAUUUUUGUAAGCACUGUAAUUCCCUGUAGAGCUGAAGUGUAACAUUUGAGUAGGGGUUUCAUUCUGUAACUACUGUCAUAGUAAACCAGAGACUAAUAUGUACAUAAUGUAUAAGUGGUAAUAGUGAUGCAUCUAUUGUAAAUAUCAUACAAUUUCUCAGACAUUGUAUGUUUUGUUUUUGUUUUUUUCUUGAUGCAGUGCUGAAACACUUUAGUGCAGGAUCUCACGUCUGUUGAAUCAUGCAAUAAAAAGUGACCCGACAUCUGUCUGCACACUGCC